AUGCCGGAGCCCCCUCAGCAGGCAGAGGCCGGCUCCCUGCCUGUGGCGGACGCCGCCAGCCCUGCUGCUCGCGUGCGAGCCGCACUCGCCGCGCUCGGCGCCGAUGCACUGCCUGCCGCGGGCCGCGGGGGCCGGAAGCUGGCGGGUGGCGGGGCCGCGGCGGGGCGGAGGGCGCGGCCGUCGAUAUCAGACUACCAUUCUGCAUACCUGGCUGGUGAUGUCACGCCGUCCGACGUGGCCGAGGCGAUCAUCAAGUUCCUGGGGAGCGAGGCGGGUGCUGCGAACUGGCUCUGCGACUUCCGGCCGGACCACCUGCGCGCUCAGGCGGCGGCGGCGACGGCGCGCUACGCGCGCGGCGGGGCGCUGAGCGUGCUGGACGGCGUCCCCUACGGCGUGAAGGACGUCAUCGACGCAUACGGUCACGCCAGCGGCGGCGGCACAACCUUCCUGGCCAAGAUGCGCGGGCCUGUGCUGGACGUAGCCCUGGAGGCGCCGGCAGUGGCGGCGCUACGUAGCCUGGGGGCGCUGCUUGUUGGCAAAACGCAGAUGCAGGAGUUCGGCCUGCUGCCCACCGGCAUAUCCGCGCAGCAGGGGCUGGCGCGCAACCCCCACAGCCCUAACUGCAUCCCGGGGGGUUCCAGCGGCGGUAGCGCCUGCGUCGUCGCGGCCGGCGUGUGCGCGUUCGCCAUCGGCACCGACGGCGGCGGGUCGGUGCGCAUCCCGGCCGCGGUGUGCGGCGUGGUGGGGUUCAAGCCGACGCAGGGCCGCAUGGCCUCAGAGGCGGAGGGCUGCUCCUUGGUCACCCUGGGCCCAAUCGGUGAGCCGCAGCGGCUGCUCGCCGCGCGGCGCCCCAAAGCCUUACCCGCUGUAGCGGCUGCCAGCAGCGUCGUGGCAGAGCGCACGAGCCUGGGAUGA